AUUCUUUUACACCUCUAUAUAUACCUCUCUUGUUCAUCAUCUUCUCCUCACUACACACUCACAGAAGCCCUAGCGCCCUUCCCUUUGCUUUUUCCUCUAUAUUUCUUUCUGUUAAUUAUACCCUUUUCUUUGCUUUCCAAAUGGCCAGCGUUGAGGUUCAACAAGCUGCUACAACAUUGCCCGAGAAUGAGACACCUGAGGUGACCAAGACUAUUGAGAAAACCCCAGAAGAGCCAGUGGCAGCACCACCAGCCUCGGAAAAAGUAGCUGAAAAACCAGUGGAAGCAACUCCUGAGGCCCCAGUUGCCGAGGAAUCCACUGUUACAAAGCCUGAAGCUGCUCCAGUUGAGGUUAAAACCAAGGAAGUUGUAGAAGAAGCUAAGGUUGAGGCUGAGCCAGCAGUGGAAGAGAAAGCAGAAGAGACUCAAGAAGUGAAACCUGAGGAGCCUGUUGUUGAGGAGACUAAAGAAGAGACCGCUAAAGCCGUGGUGGAAGAAAAGCCUGCAGCUCCGGUGGAGGAAGAGAAGCCAGCUGAGAAGGAGGAGAAGCCAGUUGAAGCACCCAAGGAAGCAGCAACCACAGAAGUUCCAGUUGAGAAGAUUGAAGAGUGAAGAAUAGGUGGCAGUUUUAGC